AUGGCUGCUAAGAAACUAAGAAGAGCAAGGUUGUCUCAGGAGCUGUGUGAAAGGCUGAGUCGCCAUCAGAUCACUACCUGUCAGGACUUUUUAUGUCUUUCCCUCUUGGAGCUAAUGAAAGUGACGGGACAGAGCUACUAUGAUGUGCAGAAGCUUCUUUGUAAAGUCAGCCGAGCUUGUGCUCCCAAAAUGCAGACAGCUUAUGAAAUGAAACUGAGGAAGUCUAUCAAUCCCUCUUCAGCCUUUUUAUCCACCACGCUGCAUAGUUUGGAUAAAGUCUUGCAUGGUGGAGUGCCCUGUGGAUCCCUCACAGAGAUAACUAGCCCACCAGGUUGUGGCAAAACUCAAUUUUGUAUUAUGGUGAGUGUUCUGGCUACACUGCCUGUAAGCAUGGGAGGACUAGAUGGGGCUGUUAUAUACAUUGACACAGAGUCUGCAUUCAGUGCUGAAAGGUUGAUUGAGAUAGCAGGAAACAGAUUCCCUACUUACUUUGACUCAGAUGAAAAGCUGUUCUGCAUGACCCGUAGCAUUCACCUAUAUCGAGAGCUGACCUGUGGCAGUGUACUGAAGAGGAUUAUGUCUUUGGAAGAAGAAAUUAUUUCAAAGAAAGUUAAACUCAUAAUAAUUGACUCCGUUGCUUCAGUUGUCAGAAAGGAGUUCGACACAAAACUCCAAGGCAACCUGGCAGAGAGAAGUAACUUUUUGGCUAGAGGAGCAUCAGUGUUGAAGUAUUUGGCAGAGGAGUUCUCAAUACCA